AUGCAUGGAAAGUUACCCGUCCCUCUGGCAUUCGAUUUGCCUCAGGUCACGGCAGCACGUGUCAGUCGAGUACUUUUACCGCAUCUUAACCUCACCUCAGCCUUGAUUGGUGGGGACAGGUGGGCAUGUGCGCGUUGGGUUGGUGCCCGGACAGCUUCCACGCAGUCGGUCGGCAUGCAAUACUACGACUGGAACGAGCCGGUGGAGUGGAUCGGUGUCGUAGUGCUCGAUGCACAGGGUCAGGUGUUGAGCUUGGCAGGUGAUGUGGAACGCUCGCGGUUCAUGAUUGAGGAGUAUGUGACCGCCUACCAAUUUGCCGUCUUUCACCUCUCUCGCGAGCGCUACCUUCAUUCGCAUCCCAACCUGCGCCAGCAGCUCUAUCCCUUCGGUUCACCUAUUCAACUCUCCAGCCUUCGCGAAAUCUCGAAGCGCCUGUGCGGACUGGCGGGUGGUUUUCCUUCGCGUCUGUUGGUUGGCCUGUGUGGGAUCUGGCCGAUAAUGGUAGUCUCCAUUCGACAGACUCCCAUUACCUGUAACGGUCACACGCGACCAGUCGUCGACCUACAGUUUGCUGGUGGGACCGAUUGUGGACCCUUGCUUAUAACUGCCUCAAAAGAUGGCAAGGCUAUGUUAAGAACGGGUGAUACAGGUGAUUGGAUAGGCACUUUCAAUGGGCACAAAGGAGCCGUAUGGUGCUGCGCUUUGAACGCAGAAGGCACUCGUGCUGCGACGGGAGCGGCUGAUUUUUCGGCCAAAUUUUGGAAUGUUGAUAAUGGUCUGGAGCUGUUGUCUAUAUCCCAAAGCCACAUUGUUCGUGCCGUUGAUCUUUCGAAAACUGAUGGUGGGGGGCGACUCUUAACCGCGAACAACAAGCAGGAGGUCUUCAUCUACGAUCUGCACGUUCCUAAAACGCCCAUCUGCUCCUUCGCUGGUCAUAAAAAGAUUAUUAGAAGAUGUCUAUGGAUGGACAGUGAUAAGCGUGUAUUAACCAUCACUGACAAUAAAGAUAUUGGAUUAUGGGACGUAGUGAAUGGGUCAGAAACUGCCGAACCUAUCUGGAAGGUUACCUUGGACGACUGCCCAAUGGAUGCACAGGUUUGGUCGUGCGGCGACACUUCUGUUAAGCUUAUUGUGGCUUCGGGAAAGAAUGUGCUUGCCUAUGAAUUCGACUUCCGUCAUUCCACCUUUGAUACUUCGGAAACACCCUGCCUCACCUGCACAUUGCCUGCUCCAGUCUACAGUGCCACUUUGAGCCCUCUGGGUGAUACAUUUGUUUGUGGCUGCGAGGACUCUCUCAUCUACCGUUUGAGUGCAAAGUCAGGCGACAUCCUAGAAACUUGUCGUGGGCAUUUUGGGCCGGUGCACUGCGUCCGCUUUUCGCCCGAUGGUCAUCUAUAUGCCAGCGGCAGCGAAGACGGGACGGUACGGCUGUGGCAAACGGAGGCUGGCGAGGUUUACGGGCUCUGGCGCCCGGGCCGUUCCGCCCCUCCCCCCGGCUGCACGUCAACCCUUUUUCUGAUGAAGCAGUCUGGGAGGGUGGUGGUGCCGUCAAGUCGUGAAGUGUCCCUGCAGUCAUGCGUCUACAAUCCUACAAUUAAACGUCAACCCCACGAUGGUCGUGAAGUUACCAACGCGGAGAGGGUUCAAAUGUUUGUGCAGAUACAAGAGGAGGUCACAACUUCGGCUGCGAAUCCAAUCCAAACGGAGGCCUAUCGACGGCUAGAUUCCCUUACCUCUUUUAAUGGUGAUCACAAGGCUAGUGGCGAGAUGUCGGGACGCAUUUUUAGGCGCUCCAUAGGCGGCCACGUGAUCCACACCUGUCCACGCCUUUCCGGUGAGCCCGCACGACACCUCCGUCCCAAAUGCGAUCGGUACGGCUGUCUCAUUCCCUUAGUGCCCCGGUCCUCCGGUCUACGAGCUCGUUCUAUUACCAAACUCGGCUACGACUCUUGCCAGAUGCCCAUGAUUCAGCGGCAGCGAUGUCCCUCCUGCGCGUACAGGGAGGUACCUGACAUGUGCUGCAAGAGGGUCUCAAAGUUCCCAAACCCCUGCCUCUAUGCAGAGAUGGACAUACAUCACAAGAGGCUCUAUGGUGAGCACAUCUACCGUUUCAAAGGUGCCUGUCGAUUCUAA